CCCCCUCCUGGAGAAGUCAAAUACUCGGCACGCCACUUGGAGCCACCCCCCACCACGAGUCCACAGUCCGCGCGCCCCCAACCCAACCCGCCGCCCCGUCUCCUCCCUCCCUCGCGAAAGCUCGCCGCUGCUGCGUCCCGGGCUCCCGGCGCCCCGUGGCGGCACGGCACUCGGGGGGGAAAGCAGCAGGCAGAGGCUUCGGCGAGCCUUCGGGAGGAGGCGGUUCUUGGUGCGUUCCCUGCUGCGGGCGGGGGUAAUUGAUAAGGGCGCGGGUGUGCUCUUGCCUCGCGUUGUUUGACUCGCUGGGAGGCUUGUCGCGGCGGCUGGAUUGGAGUGGAUUCGGUUCAUCCUCCCGGGUCACGGCGGCGGCGGUUCAGGACAUGAUAUAAGUCAAUGAGCAGCAGUAAAAUGCUUCUGUUGAUAUCAUAAGUGCAAGCUGAAGUUAUCGAGCUGAUAGCACUACGGCAGAUAUAAUAUUUUGAGAAUCUCAAAUGAGUUGUUUCUCUAUCUUCUGCAAGAAGAGAAGGACAACGCGCCAACCAAGUUCCAAUCAUAAUGAAGACGUCCCUGGUGGUCCAAGUAUAAAAAAAUACACCUAUAGAGAGUUAGUAAGGGCCACAGGAAACUUUAACAAAUCGAACAAGAUUGGUGAGGGUGGUUUUGGUUCAGUUUACAAGGGACAGCUCAAGAAUGGAACAAUUAUUGCCGUCAAGGUCCUUUCGUCAGAGUCAAGACAAGGAGUAAGGGAGUUUCAGAAUGAACUUGUGGCAAUUUCCGACAUCUCACAUGAUAAUCUUGUGAAGCUUUAUGGGUAUUGUGCGGAAGGAGAUCAAAGAAUCCUAGUUUACAAUCAUCUUGAAAAUAAUAGCCUUUCACAAACGCUCCUAGGUUCCAACCACAGCAAUAUCCAGUUCAAUUGGAAAACUCGAGUAAAUAUUUGCCUUGGCAUUGCACGUGGGCUAGCAUACCUCCAUCACGGUGUAAAUCCCCACAUUGUUCAUCGAGACAUCAAAGCAAGCAAUAUACUUCUUGAUAGGGAUCUUACCCCAAAAAUCUCUGAUUUUGGUCUAGCAAAGCUUCUUCCACCAAAUGCAACACAUGUUAGCACAAGGGUUGCAGGAACACUAGGCUAUUUGGCUCCCGAAUAUGCUAUUCGAGGACAAGUGACACGCAAAUCAGAUGUUUACAGUUUUGGUGUUCUUCUUCUAGAAAUAGUUAGCGGGAGAUCCAACAGCGAUACAAGAUUAGCAUAUGAGGACCAGAUACUCCUUGAAAAGUUCCCAGAGAUCACCAAUGGGGUUCUCCUCUUGCAGACAUGGAUUUAUUAUGAGCAGGGAAAUCUGGAGAAAAUCAUAGACAGCUCUUUGGGCGAUGAUUUGGACGUCACACAGGCUUGCAGGUUCCUGAAAAUUGGGCUCUUGUGUACACAGGAUGUCACAAGACACCGACCUGACAUGUCAAAGGUCAUCACCAUGCUUACGGGUGAAAAGGAUGUUGAGUCAGAGAAGAUCAGCAAGCCUGCUAUAAUUAGCGACUUCAUGGAUCUCAAGGUCAGGAGCAUGAGGAAACCAAACGACAUCGCGACGUCGUCCACAUUCCUAUCCUCCCUGAUGGCACACUCUUCUCCUCUGCUGUCCAAUGAGACAACGCAAGCCUCCAUGAUAUCCACUGGACAGGUCUCCAUGAUAUCCACCGGGGUAUCGGAUCGUGAGUAAUCCAUUCGUCUGUGAAGAAACAGAUUGUUAGUGAAGUGAGUUGGUCGCAAUAUGAAACACAUGUAGACAGAGUAGCAUAGGUGGACGCCUUGUCCAGAAGUUUACCAGCCGGUUUCAUUUUUCAUGUAUAGAUGUAAUUGCUUCAUUUGUAGUCUGAAGUUCUGAACAUCAUUGUUGAGCCAAAUCAGUACAUAUGAGGGGAAAAAACUUCUGAAUGUACAAUAUUGGAUUGAUGACACAUUUUCAUUGUGCACGUACAACCUGGCGGUGCCUGUUUUUGGGUGA